AUGCGCCGCUCGCAACGUCUUAUGAAGAAAACAGAAAUUACUAACAAACCUACUGACCUUGUGUAUGGUAGCACUCCCGGUUAUGAUAAAGCUAAUAUGGAUAUUAAAAUACAAAGAGAUAAUGAAGAUAACGGAAGUGUCACGAAUGAGACAAAAUUUAACAGAUUACCUACACCAGUGGGUAAGGUUUACAGCUCAGAGUUAUCUAACGAUAUUACAAGUCAUAAAAAAAAAACCCCUGGACAAAGAAAAAGUUCAUUGGCUGCUGCCACGGAGAACAAUGAAAUAAAAGCUCCCACCAUAUCUAUCGACAGUUAUUUGAACCCAUUAAGAGACCCAUUAAUUCGAACUGCAGUAACAGCUAGGCCGAUGGAAAGUAAAUCUUUAUAUUCUUGCAAUAAAGGAAUUCCUACAAUGAGCAUCCAAUCAAACACAUAUUCUCUAUUACCUCCAAUUUAUCCCACUCAUUUCACUAAUCAAAACUUUGAUGACAAAUUAAAUAAUCCAACAUCACAAUGGAAACCUGCUUCCGUUUAUAAUAAGAACGUAUUACCAGAAACCAAUUUUCCUACACCAGAAUUAACACAAACUCUCGAUUUUGAUUCAUCAACUUCUACACUUUCCCUACCGGAGUCGUUACGAGAAGUAUUUGGCUGCGAUGAUAUACGAGAUAUUUUAAAAUUGGAUAAAGUUAUAUUUCGUAUGCAAGUUUUACACUUACAAACUUUAGCAUAUGUGUUAAAUAUUCAAUAUGAUUACUUAAUUAAUUUGGUGGAGAAGAUAAUGAAACUGGAUACUGAAACAUUGAAAAAAGUAGCUUUUGCGUUUCAGCCUGAAGCUGUACCAACGAAGUGUCCAACUAUAAACAUCGAAGAAAAAUUCAUAUUAUUAGACUAAAAAUAAUAACUGAAAAGCUUCCUAAAUUAAAGAAAUAAACACACUUCUGUAUAUAAUAUGGCAAUCGUACGUUAUUCUCAAAAAUUUGAACACAUAUGCGCGGCUGAAGUGAAACUUCGUCAAGUCACCAUAUUUUAUAUGCGUAUUUUUCUGCACAAUAAUGAAUAACUAUCUUAAACUUAAUCAUGCCUAUUACGGUAUCCGAUGGAUGCCAUCCGCAUGGAUCUAAAAUAUAUA